CCAAAAACACUGAAAAACGCCCCUGUUUUCUUCUCUCCUCCGUGUCACGAGCCGUCGAAUCUGCUUUCUCGCAACGCCCAAAACAAAAGCUAAAACAGAAGCACACCGCCCUUAUGUCUCCAUCACCCUCACCAUAUCUGUACUCCAUCAUUCAUUUUUCUUUUUUCCUGCUCUCUUCAUCUACUUCUUUGAUGAUUCUUUCCUCUUCUUGACUCGCCCGGUUGACUCCUUGCCGCGUUGCUGGUGGCGGUGGUGGAAGUGAUGGCUGGGUUGUUUCGAUCCAGGUCGUGCGGACUCGGGAGGGGGGGCGAGUUUCACACGGCGCCGCCGAGUUUGGGGUUUUAUGGGAGUGGGGAGGACGAGUUUGACGAUGAUGAUGACGACUUUUUUGCGAGUAAUCCGAUUUCGACGCCGUUUAUCGGAGCCGGAUCGAGGGAGAGCGGCUCAGGUAAUGGACAGAGUCAGGGCCAUCAGUUUCCGAUACUGCCGAUUCUGCUGGCAGCGCUGAGGAAGUCGCUGGUGACGUGUAGCGUGGAGAGGGAGGAUGUGUCGGCGGUGGAUAUCAGUUGGCCGACGAAUGUGCAACAUGUGUCGCAUGUGACGUUUGAUCGGUUCAAUGGGUUCCUUGGCUUGCCGGUUGAGCUGGAGCCUGAGGUGCCCAGGAGGGUCCCUAGUGCCAGAUGGUUCAUGGUCACUUUCAUCUUUCAUUGCACCAUUGGAAUAAAACUAAGUGCUAGUGUAUUUGGAGUUUCUGCCCAGUCAAUGCAGUGCUCGUAUGAUCAAAGAGGCAACAGUGUGCCAACUAUUCUUCUUAUGUUGCAAAAGCGUUUGUAUUCGCAAGGAGGUCUGCAGGCAGAAGGAAUAUUUCGAAUAAAUGCUGAGAAUGGGCAAGAAGAGUAUGUCCGGAAUCAGCUAAACAAGGGGCUCUUGCCUCGUGGAAUUGAUGUUCAUUGUUUGGCAGGGUUGAUAAAGGCAUGGCUUAGAGAACUUCCAACAGGGGUGCUUGAUUCCCUUACACCAGAACAGGUGAUGCACUGCAACACAGAAGAUGAGUGCACUCAGCUUGUAAAGUUACUUCCACCAACGGAGGCUGCACUUCUUGACUGGACCAUCAAUUUGAUGACAGAUGUAGUGCAGCAUGAACAUCACAACAAGAUGAAUGCACGCAACAUUGCAAUGGUUUUUGCACCUAACAUGACUCAGAUGGCCGAUCCUUUGACUGCCUUGAUUCAUGCGGUGCAAGUUAUGAACUUCCUUAAGACACUGAUUAUCAAGACCCUUCAAGAAAGAGAAGAAUCAGCUGCCAAGUCUAGGUUGCUCUCUUCAUGCACAGAUUCUCCCAGCAGCAAGGAUGACCCUCAUUCAUCAAACUCAAACAGGGGUAUAUCCUGUGAACAAACUCAGGAUGGUUGUGCCCCUGAAGAACAUACCAUUAGUGAUUUCUUGAAGCCCGAUGCUUUAGAUAGACUGGAAUCUGACAUUGAGGAGAAAUUUUGGAGUUCACAGCAGAAGAGUGAAGCAGAGGAGGAAUACCAGUCCAUUUCAGGUUCCAGCUCACCUGUUGUAGGUGAAGCGGGCACUUUGAAAAAUAGAUGUACAGGUGAAUAUGAGAAUGGGGAAGUUGAGGGGAUAUUGGAUAGGCUAAGUUUGAGAAAAGGAGUGAGGAAACUAUGCAGGCACCCAAUAUUUCAUUUGAGUAAGCCAGUUAAGAAGACUGUGGAGCCCCUGGGAUUGUAAAUACUAAUGAAAAUGAUGGAUAAACUUGGAAUGAUAUAGAUUCAGAUUAGGUUCAGGCGUGUACCAUUAUUUGGUUGUUGAGGUCAUUAAUGCCUGGCGUAAACCAUGUAAUAGUGUAGAAGACAGCGUUGUUUGGUUGAUUCUCUUAUGAGAAAACACUUGGAAGUUUGUAAGAUGUUUGAAGGGACUAACUAAAGCUUCAUCUAGAUGAUGUUAAUUUCUGAGGCGCAAGCCGCUCCCUGCCUGUUUGUUACAUUUAACUUUUUACCAGUCGUCUUAAUAAUAAUGUUGGGGUUUUUACAUGGA